UUAAGGCACCGGGUGCGAAGGGGUCUCGCAGAGCGGCGUGUGCUACCGAGGAAGCCGGGUGCGCAGCGGAAGGAUGCGGGUGGCGAACGGGCUCUGGGCGGCGCUGGCCCUGAUCCUGCUCCCGGGCGGCAGCCGGGCCCUGCGGGAGGGGGAGUGCGAGGUGUGUGUUACAUUCCUGGGAAGGUUCUACCAGAGUCUAAAGGACAAGGAUGUUGAGUUCACACCAGCUAGUGUUGAAAAAGAACUCUUGAAAUCCUGCAAAGAAGCAAAAGGCAAAGAGAACCGACUGUGCUAUUACAUUGGAGCCACCAGCGAUGCAGCCACUAAAAUGGUUAAUGAGGUAUCAAAACCUCUGAGUCACCACAUCCCUGUGGAAAAGGUCUGUGAGAAACUGAAGAAGAAAGACAGCCAGAUCUGUGAGCUAAAAUAUGACAAGCAGAUUGACUUGAGUACUGUGGAUCUGAAGAAACUGAGAGUGAAAGAACUGAAGAAGAUCCUAGAUGACUGGGGUGAAACAUGCAAGGGCUGUGCAGAAAAAUCAGACUAUAUUCGCAAAAUCAAUGAACUAAUGCCUAAAUAUGCACCAAAGGCAGCCAGUUCACGGAUGGAUCUCUGACCAAUGUAAUAGCCUCUGUCAUACUAGCACCUCGUACAAACUACAUUAAUCUGUUUUGUUUCUUAUGAAGCCUUUUUUGUAACUUAUUUAACUAGGCUCCCAAGGCUGGCAGUUUGGAGCUGGAGCAGUUGUGAAAUGCUCAUUCAACACCCCCGUUAUGUCAUGUCUCUAGUUUGUAUUUCUCUUGAUUCUGGUUUAGUUUAGGACAUCACAAUCUGUAUGGAAUUUUUUUUUAUUAAAAUAAGAAGAAAUCUA